AUGUCAACAACGUCCUCGUCACCGCGGUCGCACUCGUACACGUGCACAAGCUCGACAUCCAGCUCACAGCGACACUCUGGCGAGGGCAACGGCGGUGGCGGUGACGGUGGGACUGCAGGCACGCACACCCGCCGUGACCGCUCUGGAUAUGCUGAACUGCCCCCGCGCGCGGCGACGCUGGUCGUACAGUGGGCGGACCGGGUGCGUGCGAAAGAGCUGCGUCGGCAGGCCAAGCACCAACACCACCACUUUUAUGUUGACGGCAACAACAACGACAACCGCGUCCUCGACCUCUCCUCCUCCUCCUCCUCGUCAGAAGGGGGUGGACAGGCGCCAUCGCCUGAUGCUGGGCGCGGCAGCGGUGGUCGAAGCAAGCGCAGUGGCAAGCGGGACAAACACGUGCACUUCCACUACAAGCCAGACUCCGAGGCAGAGCAAGGGCGCCGUGGUGGUCGCCGUGCUGGUGGUCGUGGGCGAGAUAAGGGUGCAGGCCAAGGAAGAUACGGUGACACGCGCUAUGCACGCGGCAUGCAUGGUGACGUGUUUGACGAGAACGCCUAUGACGAUGACGGCGAUGGCUUUGGAAACGACAACACCGCUGAUCAGGGCCGUACGACCGAUUACGAGAGGCGAUUUCAGCGCGCGCCUUACAACGAAGCACGCGGCAAGUACGGAGCGUCGUCGGCUUCGACUCAUCCCACCGCAGCACGUGCUGGUAGCGGUGGCGGUCGCGCUGGUCGUGGUGAUGAUGCUGGCCGGACAAUGAUGGAGCAGGUUGACGACUUUGAGGACGCAAACAGAGCACUGCGCCGCCUGUUGUCGCCGUCAACAGCACCGCGUGACCCCGUGGUUGCGCGCGAACGUGAUAUCAUCUUCAAGAAGCUUGAUUUGAUGGAGCGCGCCAACAAGCGCCUUCAAGAGAAGCUGCAGCGACGGGAAGCUGAGAAGGCCGCGCUGGAAAACCAAGUCGAGCACACGUCCGAGCUGCAACGCGCAUUUGAGGACAUCAAGACGUCGCUCAGGGAAUCCAAAGCAAAGGCCGACAAGAAGCUGAAGGAGAAAUCGCGCGAAUGUCUGCGGCUUGAAGAGGAACUGGCGCGCGUGCGUGCAACGCAGUCCUAUUCCUCCAAUGCGAUGCGGGAUUUCCAGCAAGCGGUGAGCGACUUGGAAGCACGCGCGGCGGGCGAAAAGGCCGCGAUGAAGCGUGCACACAAGGAGACGAAAAAACGGCUGCGGCAGUGUGAGUCUGUCCUGCAGCAAGUUCGGCAGGACUUGGACGUUGCACAGAACAACUUUGAGCUGGCGGUGCGUGAUCGUGACGCAGAAGCGCAGAGGCGACAGCAGCUGGAGGAGAAGCUGGAUGAGGGCGAGCGCGAACGCGACUCGCUGACACAGCAGCUUCAUGCACGCGGUGCGGACCUGAGCGCGUUGGAGGAUCGCUUGAACACAACAACAGCGGCAACAGAGGAGACAGUGGCCGAUCUGAACCACAAACUCGACGCUGCACGCACGCAGAUUGCGACACUCAAGAGCAAACUUGCAACUGCAGAAGAGCUGGCAGAGACGCGACGAAACAUGCUGUCAGAGCAAGGCGACAUCAAGGACUCAGCACUCAGGCGCGCAAACGAAAUGAUCGAUAACAUCAGAGAUCAGCUGGCCGCAACGCAAGAAAGCGAGCAGAAAACAAAGGAAGAAUUGCGUGACACCACGCAUCAGCGCGACGCCCUGCGCCGGGAUCUCGAAACGACCCAGCAGCGCAUCGAAUCUUUGCAGGAGACGUCAGAGAAUCAGCGAAAGCAAAUCUCCUCUCUCGAGGGCACAACACAGCGCCUGGAACUGCAGGUUGAGUCGCUGGAGAGAGACGUGAGCGAAGCACGUGAGCGGGCGACAUCGCUUGAGCGCGAUCUCAACACCGCCCGCAGCGAACACCUCAGGACAACAGGACAACAGACCGAGGAGGCACGACAGCAACAGCAGCGCUUGAAUGAGCGCAUUGCUGCCCUCGAGGCCGAGCUUAAGGCCACGAAGGACGCGCUCCAAGCGACUGAACAGGCCAAGUUGGAUGCGCAGCGCAAGGCUGCUGCCGAGUCUCUUGCGCUGCGCGAAAAGCUCGACUACGCCAACACAGAGAAGCGAACGCUGAAGAACUAUGUUGCAUAUGUCAAGUCGACGUUCAACUCUGUGUUCAAGGAUGCUGAGGGGGAGCCUGGCGAAUGCGAUUGACUGUGAAAUGAAAUGAGUGGUUCACGUCACUCUGAUGUUGCAAUGCAUCAGCAAUGUCUAACCACUGUCGUUUCACGAACACAACUAUGCCCGCAUGCACUCUUUGUGCACUCUGUGUUUUGUUUUACAAUGUUUGUGCUCAAACUAUCUGCCCCUUCUUCUGAACAGCAUCCACCAUCUGCCAUUGUCUGUGUGUCCUCGCUGCUGUACAUAGACACACGAUUUUCUGUCAUCACAUUCGUGUUCCCCGCUGCUUUCAUUUCCCUCGACACCUGGC